GUGACUCCUGAAGUCCGGAUUGAAGCGCGAGGAGGCCCUAGGACCGAGGUUAAGGCAAGAAGAAAUCAGAGAGCACCUGGGGAGAGGUUCAGAACCUGACUUUGAGAGCGACCCAGGAUCUUUGAGAGCCUGAUGAAGGCUUGAACCCCCUAUCUAGCCUGAGCAGCUGCCCGUUGUGGGGGCUGUCCCUUCCAGGGCUCGGCUGGACUUCUCUCUGAAUCCCAGUUGCAGCAACACAUCCAGCACGGGGGGAGGGGGCCACCAUCCAUAAGGUUCUCACAGUAGCUUGGGAAGAUGUGGAAUUGGAUCCGCCCGGUUGGAGGCGCUGCCCUCCGCCCUCACCUGCAGCUUCCGUCCCGCCUGCUGCCACCCCAGGACUCUGCCCUGGGGCUGCCUGGCAUUGGGGUUCUCCUUGGAACUGGGGCUCUUUCUGGCAGAAGCCAAGGCUCACCUGUGUCUUCAGCCCCCUCCAUGAGUGAGGCAAACCAAACCACCGCGGGGCCCUCGGAGCUCCCUGCAGCAUCCACCAUGUCUCCUGAACUGGGCACUGGGGCCCGGGCGUGGCCUGUGCUGGUAGGGGUUGUACUGGGGGCUGUGGUCCUCUCUCUCCUCAUCGCGCUUGCUGCCAAAUGCCACCUCUGCCGUCAGUACCACACCAGCUACCAGCAUCGCCCGCUGCCUGGGGCUGGGAAGAGGGACCACCCCGAGGUGGGUGAAGAUGAGGAUGAUGAUGGCUUCAUUGAGGACAAUUACAUUCAGCCUGGGGCUGGGGGGAUGGGGACGGGGGGUAGCAGGGACACCUUCUCCCUCUGAGUGCUGACCUUUGGACUCCUACUCCAUGCCUGACAGCUCAAGGGGAGUGGGGACUACAUGGGAGCCAUGAGCCUCAAGGACAGAGGUGGCUGGGCUUAAGGGUGGAGCAGGGAAGGACACUCUUUCUCGCCCAACCCAUCCUCCACACUGGCCAUCAAAGUGACAGUGACCUUCUUUUGCUCAAUAACCCUCAAUGGCUCCCUGCUGUUCUCAGGAUAAAGCCCAACAAGGGCCUGAGUAUGAAAAUGAGGUCUUAGAUACUCAGGCCUCUGUUGGCCCCUUGGUUGUCUUUCUUUCCUUUGCCUACUUUACCACCUAUUUAACUGAAUGUUUUGUUAUUCUGCCACCCAUCUAUUUUUUCAUGCAACUUUGUUCAUGCUGUUCCCCUGUUUAGAUUGCCCUUCCCUUUUUCACCCGACAAAUACUCUAUGACAGUGAUGAAAAACCCUGGCCAACAGACCCAGGUGGCCUGCUUACCUCUCAGCAUUUCAUAUGUGCCCGGAUGGUAACAUUUUAGCAGUUAAAAACCAGUGCCAAGUUUCCUACUGAAAAUUUUUUUUCCAAUCCAAUAAAUUUGGGCUGUCCAAAUUGUUAUGAUAUAUUAUAUUUUUCACAGGAAUUUAUAAAUCUAUUUUCCUUUUGACUAAAAAUUUUUAAAAGUCACUCAUUUUAAUUUUUCCUGAACUAGAACUUGUGCAUAAAAAUGUUCCUUAUCACUCAGAACUGGAAGACACCUCUCAGACAUCCCUUCCCCCGGUAUGCCUUUUGCAAGCCCCUCCCUUUAAUGACCCCUGUGAAUUUCUCUAUCGUUGCCCUCACCAAGUUUUAUUUUAAUUUUUAUUAUACUUACUAUGCCUGUCCCCACCACUGGACUGUGAGCUCUCUGAGGCCAUGGGGUAUAUCUUAUUCUGUAUCUUCAGAUUCUCACAUGAGAUGGAUGCUAAAUAAAUAUUUGUUGAAUA